AUGCCCGCCACGCCACGAGUCUUCAUUGUCCGUCACGGCGAGACGGAAUGGUCCCUCUCAGGUCGCCACACAUCUACCUCCGACAUCCCCCUCACUGCCAACGGCGAGCGCCGAGUCCGCGCAACGGGGAAAGCCCUCGUCGGGCAUGAUCGCCUCAUCGUCCCUCGCAAGCUCGCCCACAUCUACGUCUCCCCCCGCAAACGCGCCCAACGCACCUUCGAACUCCUCAACCUCCACCCUCAAAACCCCCUCCCCUGGCCCCAGCGCGGCACGCCCUGCCCGGCCACCGAGCCUAACGACAGCCUAGCCUGCCCCGCAGAAGUCCAAGUCACCGACGUCAUCCGCGAGUGGGACUACGGCGAGUACGAGGGUCUUACGAGCGCUGCGAUUCGCAAGGGGAGGGCCGAGGCUGGGAUUGAAGGGUGGUGGGAUAUUUGGAAGGAUGGAUGUCCCGGGGGAGAGAGCCCCGAACAGGUGACCGAGAGACUUGACGCUCUUGUCAAUGAGAUCCGCGAAAAGUGGCAUCGUCCUGCCUUUGAGGAUCCUAGCAAAAAUGGGGACGUCCUCAUCGUUGCGCAUGGCCAUAUUCUGAGGGCUUUUGCUAUGCGCUGGGGCGGGAGAGGGUUGGAUGAGGGCUUGACGUUUUUGAUGGAGGCUGGUGGUGUGGGAACACUGAGUUAUGAACAUCAUAACAUCAAGGAACCGGCUCUCCUGCUCGGAGGAGCCUUCGUGGUCGAUCUCAAGGACGAAGAGGACGAGGUAUACACGAACGCGCAAAAGAACUAA